CUUCGUGCAUGGGCCCAGCUUGGUCUCCCUUCCUGAUCCAAGCCACGAAAGCUCCUCUCCUUGUUUGGUUGACCUAGUGUCACGCAAUUCAGCAUGGCAUUCUCAGCGUCCACCAAACGAGCCAUUUUUGAUGUCGCGAUUUUUGCUGCUUCUCAAGUAGCUUUGUACUAUACGCUAAGAUGGGUAAUGGACUCGUUGUCUCCUGUUGAGCGUAAGGAGGUCAAGCAGAAGAGCUUGAAAGCGCUGGAGAGUUUGGGUCAUAAGGACCUGAAGCUGGAUGAGUACGAGAGCCAAAUCGCUUCUGAGGUCAUCCAUCCGGACGACAUCGAUAUUCGUUUUUCUGACAUUGGCGGCCUGGACCCGAUCAUAUCCUCCCUCCGCGAGUCCGUCAUCUAUCCACUCCUGUACCCUCAUCUCUUCUCGUCAUCCUCCCUCCUCGGCGCCCCGAAAGGUGUUCUACUAUUUGGCCCGCCCGGAUGCGGCAAGACGAUGCUCGCCAAAGCGCUCGCCAAAGAGUCCGGCGCAACGUUCAUCAACAUCGCCGCGUCGGUGCUCACGAACAAGUGGUAUGGCGAAUCCAACAAGCUCGUCGCAGGCCUUUUCUCCUUGGCAAGGAAAGCGCAGCCGAGCAUCGUGUUCAUUGACGAGAUCGACUCGUUCUUGCGGGAGCGGACGAAGGGCGACCACGAAGUGACGGGGAUGAUGAAGGCCGAGUUCAUGACCCUCUGGGACGGCUUGACGUCGGGUAGCGAUCGUAUAUUGAUUCUGGGCGCGACAAACCGGCCGAAUGACAUCGACUCUGCCAUCCUCCGCCGUAUGCCUAAACGUUUCUCCAUUGGGCUUCCUGACGUAGAGCAACGGCAUAAGAUUCUCACCCUUAUGCUCAAGGACACGACGCUCGAGCAGGGCUUCUCUAUCCGGUUACUGGCAGAACAGUCCGAGGGACUGUCUGGAUCCGACCUCAAAGAGCUCUGCCGUAAUGCCGCGAUGCGCCCAAUGCGCGAGUUCAUGCGAGAAGCGAACGGCGACCACGAGAAGCUCGCACUGUGCGAGAAGGAGGGCUUCGAGCUGCGUCCACUGACACUGGACGACUUCUUCCAGCCAGAGGGGACCAGCAUGCUCCCUCUUGACUGACCGCUGACAUGCGGUGGUCCUCUAUCUCCACGGGUUUUGGUAAUGCUAGAUGGGUGCUGUGACGAUUUGUCUACAACACGACCUGCACGAUGUACAUGUAUGCAAGUAACUUAUCGACGUUCUAAUGACAGCUAGAUCUCGAUU